AUUUAAUAAUUUUAUUUUUAAUAUUAUAAGUUUUUCUUUUACCGGAUAAACUGAAUCUGUUUUUUUAAUAAGUACAUCACUAUUACAUUUUACAUUACAUUACAAUUACAAUCAGCACUGCCAACCAUAAGAAAUUUGAACAUUCGUAAUCUGUUUCUGAUUAUGUGGAUGACAUUUCUGUGCUGACAAUUUCUUUCUGCUCGUCCACGACUGACUCCGAAUCGAGCGUUUGUUUACAUUAUGCGUUCAAAGUAAUUUUAUAUAGCUUUAUAAAAAAUUAAAGUUCAAUUUCAGUUAGAAUGGCGUCCGAAAAUUCAAGCAACCCUUACGAUAUUAAUGGGUCUAAUUUUAAUUCCGAAUUGUACAUUCAAAGAUUAUUAAAGGAAUGCAGUUUAAAACAAAUAAUGGAUCAUGAAGCAGAUACUGUUUUAGAUACACAAACUUUACAUUCUGACAUGCAGACAUUGGUGUAUGAAAAUUACAAUAAAUUUAUUGCAGCAACGGAUACUGUUCGCAAAAUGAAAUAUGAUUUCAACCAAAUGGAAGAAUCAAUGGAAAAGCUGGAAAAAAAUAUGGAAAACAUUACAAAUUUAUCUGAAAAAAUUACAGAAACUUUAUUACCUGAUAGGCAGAAAGUUAUCAAGUUAUCAUCAACUCACUCACUUUUGAAAAAACUACAAUUCAUUUUUAAAUUACCAGAAAAUCUUAAAGAAAGAAUCAGUGAGGAAAAUUAUAGUAAAGCUGUUCAAGAUUAUUUGAAUGCACAGCAAGUUCUUAAUCAGUACGGUGAUAUGCCAUCAUUUCAAGGAAUUCAUAAAGAUUGUGAAGAAAUUGUUGAGGAAUUGAAAACAAAAUUACGUACAGAAUUUCACAAAAGUGAAGCAUCAACAAAAUCACUAACCGAAAGUGUUGAUUUACUGUUGCAACUGAAGGAGCCAGCAGAUUUAUUGUGUGAAGAUUUUCUUUCUCAUGCUGAUGUACGACUAGCAAAUCAACUAGAUUACCUAAAAGAUAUGCAUGAAAACGAUGUUAUUGAAUUUGUUGAUUUUGGAAGUAAUGGUUUCUUAAGUGAUUUAUGCUUGGUUGUAGCCUCUUAUAAAGAUAUGUUUAUGAAUAGAACUCCACAAGAUGUUCAUGAAUUUAGUGAUGAUUUUGAUACAAAGGCAAUAUCACGAUUAAAUACUUUUGUAAUGAACAAUAUGAAAAAAUAUUUUGAAUUGGUUGCAAAAAGAGUAGAUAAUGUAGCGGACACUGCAGUACUUGUCAGAGCAUUAGAUCGAUUUUAUAAAAGAUUGCAGGCUAUGAAUGUUUUGUGUGAAAAUACUGAUUUUGCAAGGACUGGCACAGAAAUAGUAAUAGCUGCUGGUAGACGGCAAUGCAGAAAUCAUCUGUCUAACUUGAAACAACAUUUACACGAGACUUUGGCUAAGGUACGUCAAACUUUAGCAUCAAAAGUUUCUUCAGACACUGAUGGAGGUUUACCAGAACUACAAGCCAUGCUCACUGUGCCAAUUAUUGAAAAAGUUAAAGGAGUUUUACAAGAUCUUUUGGUAUUCCUUCAACCAGAACUGUCAUUUGGGCUGAAGCCUCAAUUUUUACAACGUUUUUGCGUCGAUGAAGUUCGAGAAGGUUUAGUUGUUGGAUUUUUACAUCACAUGACAGCUACUGCAAAUGGCUUUUGCACAAAUUUGGAUACUCCAAAGUUUCCUGCAACAUUGCUCCUGCUGUUGAGUAAAAUGUGCCUCGAGUUUAAAGACACCAGUGUACAAUAUCUAUUAACAUCAACGGACGAUUUAUUCAACAUUGAAGAAUACGCAGUGACCAAAAGUGAUCUGACCCUUCAUUCGGAAAUCAAUGAAAAUUUCCAAAAAGCAGCUCAAGAACUACUUAAUCAUUUCGUUAGGCUUCAAGGCUUGAACGUCUCGCAAAUGCUAAGGAAAUCGGUGGAAACGCGCGAUUGGCUCCACACCAUCGAGCCACGUACCGUCCGAGCCGUAAUGAAGCGCGUCGUCGAGGAUAUCACAGCAAUAGAGGCUCAAGUCACUGUGCUUUACGACGACAACGAUGGCCAAAUCGAUCGCAGUAGCGACAGCAGCCGAAAGACUCACAGUGUCUCGAGACAUCAGUACAGAUCCAAUUGGUCCAGUUACACUCCGAGCCAUUUGGAUUCCUCGUUUGUAUCCAACAUUCACAAAUUAUUUUCCGAACGAAUCGAGAUAUUUUCGUCGGUUCAGUUCAACAAAGCUUCGAUCUUGACGGGGAUCAUCAAGAUCAGCUUGAAGACUUUUUUGGAAUGUGUAAGACUGAGAACCUUCAGUAAAUACGGACUACAGCAGAUACAAGUAGACACGCAUUAUUUGCAGUUAUAUCUUUGGCCCUUCGUUAGCGAUGAAAAUUUGGUGCACUUUUUGCUGGACGAGAUACUCGGCAGCGCGGUGCAUCGUUGCCUCGAGCCCGUGCUGAUGGAGCCAAGCGUCGUUGACAUCAUCUGCGAGAGAAACUAAUGCGCUCCACUCCAGCGCGGUUUCGCAUUCAAUUUUCAAUUGGAUAAUAAUACGUCGUUCAGCUUCGUGUACAUGCGUCUGCGUGUGUGUAUGUGCUUGUGCACGACGACGUCCGAGCGCGACGAUGAAAAUUAGCGUAUUUUUCUCCUCUCCGGGUGUGCGUCUAUUACGAGCAAACGAGCGAAAGAGAGAGAGAGAGAGAGAGAGAGAGAUAGUGAGAGAGAGGAUAAUAUAUAUAAAGAGCUACUUGCGCAUGAAAAGGACGGCUCACGAUUUUGCUUUGCGCCGAGUUUGUGUUGUGCACAUAUUAUUCAUUAUAUCCCAAGAGGCCCCAAUGAAAAAGGUUGCAGCUCGACGACCGGAUGCCAUGUAUAAUUGUUAAUUCUAUGAGGACAGAGAUACGCACCGUGAACGGGGACUUUUCGAGAUCGUUUGACCAUUGACCUUUGUGUGCAAUGUACUGCUGCUACUACUGCCUCUGGCUGUAUUAGCUGACUAGCCAGAUGCUUUGAUACAAUUUCAAGCAUGUUGAAAAUAUCGAAUGAAAUUGAUGUACAUAUACUGUUGAAUUGGCAUAUUUCGAUCGUUGUAAUAAAGUAUUAAUUAUUUUAAGAUUUGUCACGAAUAAAGUUUUAUCGUCAAAGCCACG